CCCGCCAGUUAUAUAUACCUAAAAGAACGGUUAAAGUAAAGUACUUCUCAAGAACGCAUUGUUUGGAUCCUAGUUUGUUUGUUUACAAUGGCUUCCCGGCUAUGCUUGAUUCAGCCACUCAAGUUAACACGUGUUAUUAGCUGUUGUAUCAUAAGGAAUUCAUUCUCCGCCUUAUCGACCAGUGGCAACCAUUCCUCCAGGGACUUUUCAAGGUGCAUACAGUAUGGUAUAAGAAGUAAUCCCAGUAUUGUUAGUAGCCCCAAAAUAAGUGAACCACUUGAGGAGAAGGAGCACAGCUUCCUGCCUCACACUGAGAGUAAAGCAGAAGUGUUAGAUGACCACCUUAUUGAACAUGAAGCAAAUGGGUUGAGCAUGCAGGGAACCCUUCGCAUUCUGCUUCUCUUGCAUGCGACUCAAGACGACACUGAGAGUGUUUUGAACCUUCUGAAUAAAGCAAAAAUUAAUCAUGUGAAACCAAGUGUUGAAACAAUGGCCAGGAUAUUAGUAGCCUACAUCAGGAACAAAAAUGUUGAUGCAGCUAUUAACAUGUACACCAGCAUCCAAGUGGCUCAUCCAUCAUACACCCUGGACUGUAACAAAGUACUUGACCUUUGUACGCUCUUAGUUGAAAAGGGGAGAAGACAAGAGGCAGUUAAGACUUUGAAAGAAUAUAUACACUUAGAUGUAACCAGGACUAUAGAUUUCAAGCAAAUUAAAGAAAACUGUGGAAAUCUGUUGACUGCUGCAGCCACAACUUGUGAUUACAAGUUAACAAAGCAGCUGCUUGAUACACUUCUCUCUGCAGGGCUUGUGAGGCCAGAAAAUUAUAUUGUGGUACCCUUAUUGCAGUGCAAAUUAAACAGUGGUGAUAUACCAGGAGCAGUAGAAGUUGCCAAAGUUAUUUACAAAACUUACAAACUUCUCCCCAAGAGGAUGGAAAUGCUACUUCUACUCCUUCAUCACUAUAAAGAAUUAAGCAUGAAAAUAACUUUACCGAGUUCUGUCAAAUGUGGUGAUGAGCAGUCUGACACAGCCAAUGGGCUUUUGGAGCAGAUGUUUAGCCUCAUUGUUCAUCAAUAUGGGUCUUUACAAGCUCAGCAUGAUUUGAUGUUUGCCUGCUUGGAAACAGGGUGUCCUGAUGUGGCUAGAAAUGUUUUACAGAAUUUAGAUGAAGAAGUUGAUGUACACCAGCUGACUAAAAUGUGUAAAUUGUAUUCCAAGAUGGAGCGAGAAGAUGCUUUACUACAUCUCCUCAGUGCCUCCAGAGGAAAUAGUGUCAUUAACCGCCAAAUAAUCUUUUGUUCUCUACUUGAUAUAUACAAUGCACAGAAUGAUGGUAAAAAAGGACUAUCACUUUGGACGUUGAUGCAGGAGGAGAAUGUGUCUCCAUCAGACCCUUUCCUCUCAAGCCUUGCAACACUUCUCAGGACCAAUAACAUCAUGAUACCAUUCAAAGUUCAAUGACCUGGCAAAGAUUAUCUUGUCUAUGAGACUAUCAUUGGCAAUUUUUUUUUUAUGUAAAAUAUAUGUCAGGGUUAUGUUUUGCAGAUAUUUAUACAAAGAACAACAGGAACACCACCAAUAACAACUAUAAAAAGGUUCAAGUAAUGUUCAUUUGGAAUGCAUAGGAGGUGGGCAUUUAUACCUAUACUGUAUGUUAAAGCCCAGUGCUGGGAUUCUUAAAGGAUUGUGCUUUAAAUUUACCUCAUAGUUAUAGAUGUGAAGAAAGAAUGUGCCUCACUAGCUGACACAACAAGAACUUCCAAAGUAGCAUAAAGUUUACAUUAACAUUCUAUGUUCACAUAACUCCAUUUAGGAGACAAGUACACUUUACAGAAUCGUUGUAAAUCUGGCAUCAGACUGCAAAACCUAACCCUUCUCAUGUAGAUGGAUGCUUUACUACAAUACUAAGAGACAGUGUAAACAGGUAAUAGGAGAUGCAGUAAAAGCAUUAUUGUGCAAGAAAAUUUUGUAGAGGAUUGAAGAGUAAAAUAAUAAUGCCCGUAUUAUUAAACAACAUCUUUCAUUGAAGAGGGUCGUCGUGUUUCAACCCGAGUUGUAAACUAAGUGAGUC